AUGGGUAACCAAGCAAGUCAACGAAAUCAAUCUAAUAUGCAUAAAAAUGGCAAUUUAAAUCAAUACGGAACAAAAUAUAGUCCUGAUGCUUUUCGAGGACGUUCACCUUUUAAUCGAUCUCCCAAUUAUGGUGUUGGGACAGAGGAAUUCGAAGAACCUUAUGAAUAUACGACCUGGGUUGAGACUUAUGUUCCAACAACAGUAGCACCUGCUGUUGGUCGUGCAAGACGACCUGUCAUCUAUGUUGCAGCUCCGUUACCGGCUGCAAAUCCAUGUGCUAGUUUUGGUGCUGGUUCACUAUUUGGAGGCGGUUUCCCUAUGGGAGGUGGUUUCCCAAUGGGAGGUGGUUUCCCAAUGGGAGGGGGUUUCCCAAUGGGAGGUGGUUCACGCCUUCCAGGUAGAAUUCCAUUCAGAGGUGGGGCACCAUUCGGGGGUCGCGUUCCGUUCAAACCCAAUGUUCCGCGAUAUCGUUAA